AAAUGUCAGAUUCCUCCGCGCCAUUCUCCUCUUCUUCUUCAGCUAUUUAACAGGAGCCAGUAAACAAGAAAUUAUCCCCUCAAGGAGAGACGUAUCCCACAUCAUUCAUGGCUUCCAUGCGGCUGAUCUUGUCGGAUUUAGUCCUCUCCUUCAUGUGGGUAUGGUCAGGAGCUCUCAUCAAGCUCUUUGUUUACAAGAUUCUAGGGUUUGGUUUUGAAACCAAAGGAGAAAUCCUUAAGGCUUCUCUGUCAAUCUUGAGUAUGUUAUUCUUUGCUUGGUUGUGUAAGAUAAGCAGUGGUGGGUCUUACAAUCCUCUCACCGUAUUGUCGGGCUCUGUAUCUGGGAAUUUCACUGAGUUUCUAUUCACUGUUGGUGCAAGGAUUCCUGCUCAGGUACUUGGAUCUAUUGUUGGGGUUAAGUAUAUCAUUGAGACCUUUCCUGAAAUAGGCCAUGGUCCUCGACUGAACGUUGACAUCCAUCGAGGUGCACUAACAGAAGGACUCCUAACUUUUACAAUUGUUAUCAUCUCACUUGGACUUGCUCGAAGCAACCCCAGUAGCUUUUUCAUUAAAACUUGGAUCUCCAGUGUCUCCAAACUAACACUUCAUAUACUGGGUUCCGAUCUGACGGGUGGAUGCAUGAACCCUGCCUCUGCCAUGGGAUGGGCCUAUGCCCGAGGAGAUCAUAUAACCAAGGAGCAUAUAUUUGUAUAUUGGCUUGCUCCAAUUGAGGCAACUCUCUUAGCAAUUUGGACGUUCAGGUUGCUUGUUCAGUCCCAGAAGGUUAAGGAGGAGAAGAUAAGCAAGAGUAUCAAAUCAGAGUGAACGCUUGUCAAACUUCAUUGUAUUUU